AUGGCUGGUCCCCCCUCCCACUGGCCGGCUUUGCCCUGCCCAUGUUUUGUACGCCUUAGUCCGUCCGUCUCCUGACGUUCAAGUUCGAAGGAACGUCACGUCCGCACUUGAACUUGCAGCCCAGGGGGUUUUGCCGUACCCCCAUCACUCUCUCUUUGCGAAAAAGUCAUGAAGAGCUCAGUACAGCCCGUAGCGAGCUACCCCUCCACCUCUGUGUGAUCUGCAGUUGUUCCUCCUUUCCUACUUGGAUGACAGACGCAUCAAUGAAGAUAUUUCACUUGGAGUCUACCUUGUAGAGAGGAUUUCCUAAUGUGAAGCCGAAAAGCCGCCUCUGAACCAACAUGUCUCGCCGCAAGCAAGGCAAACCCCAGCACCUCAGCAAACGGGAGUUUUCGCCUGAGCCGCUGUCAGAUGUUUUACCAGAAGAAGACUCUCAGGACUCCCCCAGGCUGAGAGUGGCUCAGGGCGAGCCCCUAAAAGGGGACCAGGACCUGCUGACCUGCGGCCAGUGCCACUCCCGCUUCCCCCUGGCUGACAUUCUGCUGUUCAUUGAACACAAACGGAGACAGUGCCACGGGAGCCUCUGUACAGACAAACCUCUGGACAGGCCGCCGUCCUCCCCGCUCGCCUCGCCCCUCUCCACAUCCUCCUCUCACUCGCGGACCCACCUUCAUCACCCGCGGAGGGUGUGUCACCCUGUGGAGGUGGCUGUUCAGGUGUCGCCACACGAUGAGGAUUGUUUAUCUACACCUUUGCAAGGAAUAAUCCCUAAGCAGGAGAAUAUCACAGAUAAAGAUGAGCCCAGCAGUUACACCUGCACCACGUGCAAGCAGCCCUUCACCAGUGCCUGGUUCCUGCUCCAACAUGCCCAGAACACCCAUGGCUUUCGCAUCUAUCUGGAGAGCGAGCCUGGCAGCCCCCUCACCCCGCGUGUGGCUGCAGCUCCUGGGAUGGGGGGUGACUGUGCCUCCUCCCAGCCUCCCCUCCAUGCUGUCCACUUGGCUGACGGCAGUCCUUACAGUCUCCUGAGGAUACCAGGCUCUGGGUCUGGCCGGGAUUCAGCAUCCACACCCCGGGAGGGUCGUUACCCUAGAACGCCACCGCUGUUCAGCCCACCACCACGCCAUCACCUCAGUCCUGAUGACCUGGCUCUGGCAACUCACCAUCCUAGCGCCUUUGACAGAGUGAUGAGGCUCAACUCAGUGCCACUAGAAACUCCUCCAAGCAUGGACUUCUCUAGACGCCUACGUGAGCUGGCUGGGAAUGCUAGCGGGGCUUCUCCGCCUCUCUCCCCUAACAGGCCAAACCCUAUGCAACGGCUGCUACAGCCAUUCCAGCCAGGUUCUAAACCUCCAUUUUCAGCAACGCCUCCCCUCUCCACCUCUCAGUCACCUUCUGGCUCUUGCUCCACCACUAAUGCCCUGUCCGGUGCAGUUCAACCAGGCACACCUCUCAAGGCAAAGUCUUGUGAGUUUUGCGGGAAGACCUUCAAGUUCCAGAGCAACCUAAUUGUUCACCGGCGUAGCCACACAGGGGAAAAGCCAUUCAAGUGUCACCUCUGUAAUCACGCCUGCACCCAGGCCAGCAAACUGAAACGACACAUGAAAACACACUGUCAGAGCAAGUCUUCGGUGCUUAAUGCCAAGUCAGAUGACGGCCUCUCAACCGCCAGCUCCCCUGAGCCUGGUACCAGUGAGCUGAUGGGCAGUGCUGCAGAUGCCCUCAAGUCAGUGGUGGACAAGUUCAAGAGUGAAAACAAUGGCCUGAUGCCUGAAAAUGGAGAAGAGGAGGAGGAAGACGAGGAUGAGGAUGAGGAAGAAGAAGAAGAUGAGGAGGAAGAUGAGGAAGAAGAAGAGGAGGAGGGGGAGGAAGAGGAAAGUGAUAGUAAGCCUGGAGUCGAAGAAGAAGAGGGAAGGAAUGACUAUCGCUUCAGCCUGCGGUUAGAAGGGGCCCGCCACCACCAGAACAGUGAGGCCCUGCACCCACGCCACCGAAGCUCAUCCCGGGAUCCUGGCGAUGAGGACUCAGCCAUGGAGUUAGACAGGGCACAUGAUGUGUCCACCACCACUAUCAAUGGCCUGGGAUCUCUAACCAGUGACAGCCUGUCCAGGAAGCUGCGGACUGGAGGGGUCAGCCCUGGCUCCCUCAGCCCUCUGUCCAAACGCAUUAAGGUGGAGAAGGACCUUGACCCUCCAACACCCACCAUCCCAAACACGGAGAACGUGUACUCUCAGUGGCUAGCUGGCUACGCUGCCUCACGACAAUUCAAGGACCCCUUCAUCAACUUUACAGGUGGGGACUCCAGACAAUCGCCUUUCGCCUCCUCAUCUGAGCACUCUUCAGAGAACGGCAGUUUGCGCUUCUCCACUCCACCUGGGGAACUUGAUGGGGAGCGGGCCACUUCAGGACGCAGCGGCACUGGCAGCGGUGCCAGCACUCCCCAUGGGGGCAGCAGCGGGAAUGGCAGGCCGAGCUCCAAGGACGGUCGCCGCAGUGACACUUGUGAAUUUUGUGGCAAGGUGUUCAAGAACUGUAGCAACUUGACAGUGCACCGACGCAGUCACACCGGAGAGCGGCCGUACAAGUGUGAGCUGUGCAGCUAUGCCUGCGCCCAGAGCUCAAAGCUCACCCGCCACAUGAAGACCCACGGACAGAUGGGCAAGGAUGUGUACAAAUGUGAAAUCUGCCACAUGCCUUUCAGUGUAUACAGCACGCUGGAGAAACACAUGAAGAAGUGGCACAGCGACCGCCCUCUGGCUAAUGACAUUAAGACUGAGUAGGCAAAGAGCAGCAUGCUGGCAACUCUCUCUCAGCUCCCCUGGCUAAAAGGCAACCCUGGCUAACUAGCCGAUAAGUGAGGGGAAAGGACAACAGGGUUAGACAUCAAUACACAGUACAGCCCUGUCAUCAUCCCCGACUGGAAAAAGCUGAAUGCAUGAUCCAUCACUGGGGCAAUACUAUUGCAUCAAACGCAAAACUUUUGAGCCUUUCUAUUGUGCAAUAAUUUACACGUUUUGUAUUUUUUGUAACUGGACAGCAUGCUUGGUGUGUUUUGGCUACUUAGAGAGGAACCUUGUCCUCAGUUGUUGGGUUUGGUGUUGUUGUUGAUACUCUUGACUUCUUCAACAUAAAAAGGUUAGUUAUGGGAACCCAUGCUGCACACAGUACAUACUGUUUUACAUAUCAUGUACAGUUUUGUGUUCAGACAUAGUGAACAGUGUCAUAUUAUCGAACAUCAAGACAAGCAGGGUCAUGCUUAAAACUGAUCUAUGUGAAAGAAUUUCCAUGCAAGACUGAGAUAAGAGAUUUAUAUUUAAGAAUUGGGCUGCCUAUGAAAUGCUAGGCACUAGCGCCAUGAAAUAUUUCUUUUACAAACAGCAAUGAAAUUAACAAUAUGGUGUGAAAUGACAACAAAGAGUGCCUUGGAUAUUUUACCUGCAUUAAUUCAUCCUGCUUUUUGCUAUAAGCUUGGAGUUUCAGCUAUAGACAUUUUUGUGCACAUAUGGAAUAAGCAGGUCCUUGCAUCAAGCACCUGCACCACCCUGUUGUUUUGUGACUUAGCAGAGCAUAAGGAACCAGCUAAACAAAAGUGAAAACAAAUAAUGUGUAUCUCUGCUAAAUCAUUUAUCUGCCUGAUUCAUGAAUAUUAUUCUCCCGAUUCUGUUUACUGGCAUGUUACAUGCUAAAGAGGAGUUUUACGCGUAGAGUUUUGGCUUUGUUGGGCACCAUACUGAGAGGCUACUCUGACGAGUUUGUUUAACCAGUGUAAAGCUCUUAAUUUUCUAGAGUGUUUAUUUUCUUUGAAAAUUAAAGGUUUGCAGUUUUUCCCCUUGUAAGUAGCACAGACUUGUAUUUCUUCAGUGUAGCCAGCAGCAAACUGAAGACCACAAGCGGGUUUUAGUUGUUCUAAGCCAGACAGAUACUGGGUGAGGGCUGGGUGGGAGUUUGAGCGGGUGUAGAUGGGUAAUAGUGGGUGGAGGGUCAGGGUAGCAUAUGUGGAGUGGGUUAACCAGGUGUCUUUACAAUUCAAAUGUUUAUGUCCUUAUAGUGCUUAUUCUCUUUAAUGUAUUAGGUCUUAGAAACCCUUAAGUAAUCUGAAACUAUUAUUAACUCACAUUGGAAAUAAUAUGAAAUUGAAGUCCAAAUCAAAAAGUCAAGGAUCUGAAUUUUGCAGAAAUGUUCCUUUCAAUUAAUAGCCCCUUUCUACACAAGAGUAAAAUUUUCCAGUUCUUUUGAGGUAACAUGCUCUAGACCUCAUUGUAGUAGUUGUAUUUUUUUAAACUCCAUCCUGACAUUGUUGAUGAUAUAGCACUUGUCACUCUGCCUUGAAUUCUGUAUCUGUCUCUCUAAUCAGAGGUACAGUCGGUUGAGUAUAAAAUGAGGACCGGAUUUCGGUCUGGGACUACCUACGUGCACUGUUUAAUUUUCCCAGUUUACAGUCGGAUGCUCAAGGGAAAACUUGCUCUUAUGCUGACAGAUUAGUGUGGUGUCAUUGCUUUGCGUAAAAAAAAAUUAAAAAAAAUUGAACUAGAAACUGUUGCCAGCCAUGUCUCCUCCUGAGAACUGAACAUCAGUUUGCCUCCUGGGGGCAUCAAUGCAGGAACCGCCAUAGAAAUAUCCUGCUUCAUACCAACUAUAGAAAUAUACUGCUCUUUACACAAAUGUACAAAUUUGAUUUAAAAAAAUUGUUGUUGAUUUUUUUUAGGUAACACUUCAAUAUCUUUAGGGGAGAAACUUAUUUAAAGGUUGCUUUGGUUUUGAUUGAUUAUUGUUUUUUUUCUCUUUUCUUUCUUGGUGACAUCUGGGACUUGAUCACUAUGUAAUGAAUUGUAAUAAAUGUGUCUCAUCUUUUUUGCCUUUACUAUAUACAAGUCUUCAGGUUGAACAAAAAUUUUCAUUGGGGAGAGAUUUAUGAUAUAUAAAUAUAUAGAGAGAACUUAAAACACAUAGGAAAAUGCACACUCAUGUAAGUUCCUAUGUUCAACACACAUUUAUGGUCUACUUUUUCCUGUAUUUAGAAUGGUAUUUGAAAUUAAUGUUCACUUAGUGUAGGCACUUAUAGUAUUUAUGUUGGAGCCUGUAUUUUUAACUGUUUUGCCUGUACUCUUUAAAGGUUUCAAUGUACCCUUUUUUCUGUAGUGAAAAAAAUCCCAACAAGCUGCCACCGUAUAUUUUCUUAAUUUGGCAGGAUAAUAUAGUGUGAAUAAUUUGUAUGCUUGAAAAUAAGUAUGUUUUUGAAAAAUAAAAUGUUGUGGUGUUCCCCAAGGGUGAGAGGUCAUAUAAUGGCCUUUUCAGGCAGUCCCGCUGGAGCGACCACAAUGAGGUAAAAACAGGUGGCUGUACAUAUCUUUUUAGUUUGUUUUAUAUAUUUUCUCUCCUGCCAUUUUAUAUGCAGUAAUACAAGCUAUUGUUGGGUUUUAUUGGUAGCCAACUUUUUACUGUCCUUGAACAUGUACCGCCUGAUAACAUUCCAGCUGUUUUUGGAAAAGACCCUUUUGUCAUAUGCAAUCAAUCCAGCAUCAAUCUGAGAAGGUUUUUUUUUUUUUGCUACUGUCUUCUUUUCCUGUUAUUAUGAAUUUUGUUUUUUCAUUGCCAAAAGAGCCAUGGUGCUUUAUAAUUUAAAUAUGGUACAUCGCAUAUGCAAGGCAUAUUCUAAGCUUAACUGAAAUCAUAGAAAGAAAAAUGUUUGGUACAUGUUAUCAUUGCUGAUAGUACUGAGGUACAUUUAAGUUUCCAGCCUGAUUUCAUACUAGGUUCUGUGUUUCCUUUCAAGCUAUUUGUUCUGAGCUGAACUUGAAGUUGACCUAUGGCAUUGGUCAGCAUUAUUUAUUAUGAACAUUCACACACAUGCUCUGUUCAGAACAGAGUCCCUGCAAAACAAAUCAGCCUAUUUGUCUCUCUUCUGGUAAACUGUGAUAGCUUAAUUUCUCUGUUUGAUGACCAAAGGUCAUUGACCAACAUUUAUGAGUUCUUACUCGACAUAUAGAUUUUGUUAUUUUUCAGUUAAAGAGAUGCCACUCUAUUUUCAGCUGUUGUCUGCAUUAUUCUCUCCACUCAGCCAUUUUGUCU